AUUAACCAUGCCGAGCGGUUGGGUGUAUUCGUGAAUGCGGCGUUAUUAAGUUUUAUUGCCAAUUGUAAUGAAAUCAUUUCACUAAAUAGACAGACCUCGCGACUUACCGCUUCUUGGGCACGCAAGCAAGUCAGUGAAAAAAAAUAAAUACAUAAAAUAAACAAUUAGGGAGAAAAAAACAUCUCCUUUGGCGGUUAGAAAUUAAAAUAAACACAUAUCCUGCAAACUCAAAUGUGCGCGGCGAACACAAUUGCAAGAAGGACUCAUGCCACGCGAGAGCAAGCAAGUGAAAUUCGCUACAUAUUAUCAUUUUCAUUCCAAAGAGAGACAAGUCAUGCAUUCAUGUGCAUAAAAAAUAUCUAAACUUACAUAUCUAACACAAGUAAUAGCUAAGGCAGCUACUAAAACAACAGAAAUCAUGCAAAAUCGACAGCGACAACAGCGUACCACCUGCCACUGCAGUCACCGGCAGCAGCGCACAACGCUUCAACAACACCACCACCAACAUCAAUACACACGACAGCCGCAAGGUCGGCUCAAAUUUCGCACAACAACACGCCUGCUGCCACCACUGUGGCCGUUACUCCUCUCCUCACUGCUUCUGACCGGCCAGCCACCGAGCUCGCUAGCCACACGCUUCAACCGCCAAAGUCAGGGCCACAUAUCGUAUGGCGCAGCAAGCGGCGCCAACAGCCUGCCCUCGCCACACUUUCCUCUCGAUGCCAACAGUGCGUACGUGAGCAGCGGUGCCGCAGCCGGCAAGCAUCACGCCAACAUGAACAAUGAUGUUUACUCGGUGGCCGACAGUCAGGCCAUGACCGAUGAUUAUAUGGCUCAAUUUGGCAAGCCACCUGCGUCACCACCACCACCGAUAAUACCACCAUAUCUGACGCACACGCAUUCGACGUCCGCCGACAACACGCUAAUCGUGCACCAUCAACCGCAUCUGAGCAGCUGUCAGACGGUGUGCGCGUGCAAGUGGAAGGGCGGCAAGCAGACGGUAGAGUGUAUCGAUCGGCAGCUCAUACAGAUACCCGAGAACAUCGAUCCGUCAACACAGGUGCUGGACAUGUCGGGCAAUAAGUUGCAGACGCUGUCGAAUGAGAAGUUCAUACGCGCCAAUUUGCUGAAUUUGCAGAAGCUGUAUUUGCGCAGCUGUAAAAUUGGUGAAAUCGAACCGGAAACGUUUAAAGGACUUACCAAUCUCGUCGAACUGGACUUGUCGCAUAAUCUGCUGGUUGUCGUGCCAUCGUUGGCGCUUAGCUAUAUCUCAUCGCUGCGUGAACUGACGUUGGCUUCCAAUCAUAUACACAAGAUCGAGUCGAACUCGUUCGCCAGCACGCCGUCAUUGCACAAGCUUGAUCUGUCGCACUGUGACAUUCAGUCCAUAGCACCGCUUGCUUUCGAUGGUUUGGAGGGCUUAACUUUACUGCGUCUAAACGGCAACAAGCUGGGUGUGUUGCAGCCGCGCACGAUCGAAACACUGAGCAAAUUGCAUGGCAUUGAACUCCAUGACAAUCCGUGGCUGUGUGACUGUCGCAUGAGAGAUGCAAAGCUCUGGCUGACCCAAAAGAACAUACCAUAUCCCGUGGCGCCGUUAUGUGCAGGUGGGCCCGAGCGUGUCGUCGAUCGAACCUUCUCCGAGCUGCAGGUGGAGGACUUUGCUUGCCGACCGGAAAUGUUGCCUAUCAGCCAUUAUGUGGAGGCGACGAUGGGCGAGAACGCUUCGGUAGUGUGUCGUGCUAAAGCCAUACCUCCGGCUGUUAUAAAUUGGUAUUGGAAUGGCAGACUAUUGUCAAACAACAGCGCGUUCAGUUCUUAUCAACGUGUACACAUCUAUGAGAACGGGCACUUUGAGAAACAUUCGCGGUUGGUGCUCACCAAUGCGCAGGAAACAGACUCCAGUGAAUUUUACUGCGUGGCGGAGAAUCGUGCGGGCACAGCCGAGGCCAACUUCACGUUGCAUGUAAGUAUGCGCGCCGCAGGCAUGGCAUCACUGGGAAGUGGUCAAAUUGUGGGCCUUAGCGCCGCUUUGGUAGUUUUAAUUGUAUGCAUUUUGCUGGCAGUAAUGUUUCUGCUGAUGCGUGUCAAGCGGCAGCCGUACACCGAGAGCAAAACACCCAACCACAUGGAAGUGGUAACUAGCGUCAACCAUCAAAACUCCAUAACGAACAAAACUCAACCCAUUACCGGAAAUGGCAGCAUAGGCGGCGUCGUCAUAGCCAACGGCGCCAUACCGAACUGUAUAGACACAUCAGGCACGCUGGAGCGGAAGGGCAGCGCAGCGAUGUCCGCGAAUGAGGGCGGCUUCACCAAUCCUGUGCAGAAACCGCCACGCCUCACGGACUUGCCAUACUCAGCCACUGGCUACGACAACAACGGCAGUGCGUUGUCAACGGCGCCUUGCUACCUUUCGCCCACAGCAUCGGCUGGCAACAACCCAGAUCUCAUUAAUGACACAAAACGUUUCGGUAGCGAUGAGUUUGCCGAUCUGAAAAUACCAGCGAUACUAACUGCAAAUUUGGGCACCGAACUGGGCAACUCCAGUGGCGAAUACAGUCGCGCUGGUGGUUGCGACUCACUCUAUCCCUCUGGGCUGUGGGAGAAUACGCCAGCGGGCACCUCUUCCGCGGACGAUCUCUUCAUGAAGCGCUACACCGACAAAACGCCUAUCAUUGAGUCGAACCAACUUUACGAUCUGCAUGAGCGAACCGUCGACUAUUUCAGCAAAACAUUUCCACGUACGCACUACAACAACUUGCAGCUGGCCGGAGGUUGUGCGUCUGCCAAUGGAAGUAAUGGUGGAGGGGUCGGCGGCAUGUUGCACAAUCCGUCCACGUCAUCGGCCGCGCUGCUGCACAACUCGAACGGUGGCAUGGGCGGCACCCACUCAACCGCUUCAACAACCACCACCAAUCUCUCAGGCUCAUCCAGCGCGUACGUGGGCGGUGGCUACCCCAAUGACUACGGCCUACCACUGGUGCCUGGCGCCGAACACCAACACAACCAUCACCUGCAAAUGCAUCCUCUACAACAACUGCAACAACACAUGACGGCGGCAGUGGCGAGCCAACACGGCCUCGGUGGCAGCGCCAGCGGCAGCGGCAACAGCAGCAACCACAGCAGUCCACACUUCAGCAGCAGAACACUGCCACGCCUGCACGAGCACAGCGGCAGUGGCAGCAGCAGCAGCGGCGCUGGACUCAGCAGCUCCCGAUCCUCACCCACACCGGCGUCGACCGCAGUGGCGGUGACGGUGACGCAAAACGGCACAGGCCAAGCACACACUUCAAUACUGCCGAACGGACAGCCGGUGAAUGCCAAGACAAUACGCGUGUGGCAAAAGGGUGGCGUGCCAGUGCUGCCACCGGUGACGGCGCUGAAGCGCGCGCUGACGAGCAGCAGCCGCAACUCACCGGACGAGGGCUACCAGGAGGGCUGCGGCACUGACGUGUAAAACGAGCCAGCGACUAGCAACAGCGACACGUUCCUUACAUUAUAGGCGCAAAGGUACUUGGUGGAGUGCGACGGCGACACAAACUUUUUGAUUUUCGAUAUAAGUUUUGUAUAUUUUUGUAAAUUUAGCAUUUAGUUUAUGCUUAAGUUGUUGACUUUAAGUGAGUUUUUGCACAGCUGUACGCAGAGCGCGUCAAAUCAAAUAGUUUGUAAUUCAAUUUUUUUUACUAAUUUACUUUCUAUAUGAAAGAGGAACCAUUUCGCACAUCCAUACUAAUACGAAUACUAAUACAAUUGACUGCAAAUGAGGAGAGAAUGACGACGAUUAGAUUUUUGUACUGAGCAGCUGCGCUCCGCACUCGGCCGUUUGUGAGGCUGACGGAGCGCGGACCUGCAUAACUACUACUACUGCAGUUCGCCAGUGGUAAUAAACGUGAAUGUGAUAGUGUUUGAGUAAUUCAUAACUAAAGAUAAUAAUUGAAAAUUGUGUAGAAGGAUGUAACUUUCAUUUAAUAUUAAUAUAUAUAUAUAUAUAUAAUAUAAUAUAUGCAUAAGUCACAUGAUAAAUGAAUUUCGAAUGCAUAACUACAAGUAUACUUUUAGGGUUAAUGUAAAUAAUUAAUAUCAGCUAAAAUCGUAAGAGCAGCACGUAGUUAAGUACUAAAUAAAAAGUAAAAAUCAGUGACAUUCUAAGCAGACGCAGUGUUUCAAAGUUGUGAGAAAAUAUAAAAAAUACGAAAAUGAAAAAAAAAAAUAUUUGUGGAAAUGAAAAUUCAAUAGAAAAUACUGUAGGAAAAAAAGUCGCCGCAAACUGACUGAAAGUGGUGCAUAAUAUAUUGAAAAAACUAAACAUUUGGCGCGCAGUUGGAAAUAUUCAUGCGGCAACUGAAAUUUGGGAGUCCAUUGAGCGCGCCUAAAAUGCGGCCAGUAAACUUUCGGCAAUGUUUGCGCUAAAUGUUCGUGUGGUGUUGCAAGCAACCAAAGUCCGCAGCGCACUGUAAGUUGGAAAACAAUUAAUUUUGCAAUCAAAGUACUUUUGUUGCUUCAAUGUUUGCAUUUUAUUUGCAUACUUUCCCAACAAAGUUUUACAGAUUUCUGCAUUUUUUAUAUUCUUUUUCUUUUACAUUACAUAAUGAGCACGGGGCCAGUCAUUUGAAUUGCAGACUACAGACCAAUGAUAAGUGAAUUUGUUUAGCGCUACUUUAGGUAACGGAAAUAAUUCAUGUUUACAAAGCGGUGGACAUAAUGUUAUUCAUAUUCGGAAAUUCAAGUUGAAAACAUCAAGUUUUUGUUUACGGCAUAAUUGAUAAUAUUUGGAAGCAUUUGUGGACAGUUUAAAGUUUUUGAAAUAUUCGAAAAAUUAAAGCUCCACGAAACGUUAUAUAAAACUAUAAAAUACAAAAAAAUUUUUGUUCUUGAAAUCUCUUAAAUUUCGUAGCGAUAAUGUUCAAGCACAUAUUUGCUCAAAUACUUAAGCAUUUAGUGGAAAUAUGGUCCCUGACAGCGUGAGAAGAUACAAAAUCUCAACUCUUUUGGAACCAAUUUUAAGCCUAAGGCAAACCUAACUUAAAUUUUAACGGGUUUAUAGCAGUUAUGUCACAUAUUGAGCGAGUGGUUCUUAAUUAAGGGCAGUUACGGCAUAAACAGACGCUUUGAAGACAAAAUUGACAAAUUCAUCAUUAAAAAUAUCAAUAAAGGCCAACAAUAUUUUUGUUAUACAAUUCUUUAUAACCCAAGGAAUAACCUUGCUUUUAUAUUAAAUAACAGUUAAAACUUCGCCAAAAAAAUUUCAUAAAAUAUUUACCUUAGUGUCACUAAUGACCUUUUAUUUCCUCGAAAAAAGACUUUAGUGGUACAAUUUCACUAAUUCGUCGCCUAAAAUGCGAAACAACGUAUCAUCAAAAAAAAUUUAAAAUCGUUGUCAGUUAUAAUAACCAACAUAUAACCAUUUGAUAACCAUAAUAUGAGUGUAUGGUAACCAAUAUAUAACCCUUUUAUAACCAAAACUCAAAUGUAGUUUCAAUAUGAAUGGUUUCUAUUAUAUCGUUUUUCCUUCGCCUGUAGACUUAUGAAAAAGAUUUUACGUUAUUUUGCAUGUUUGGUGACGAUUGGUACUUCAAACUGUCCCUUUUGAGACACUUAAAAAGAAAAUAACUCCGUGAAACAAUUUAUGUGAAACUUUCAUUGGCCUUCAUUAUAAAGAAAUAUGUUUCACGAAAAUUAUAAAAAUAUUACAACUGUUUUUUAGCUCGUAAUGCUCACUGGUUUUCUACCCUUUGUGUUACAGUAAACUUUUACAAAUUUUCUAAUCGAAUUAGCUUUCGAAUAAAAAUAUGAAUAGCUUUCAUGUUUUAUGUCAUGAAAGUUCUAAAAGCUUUCACUUAUCAUUGGCAAUCGGCGUUGUUGAACUUUUCUUUCACUUACAUUUCUAAUACUGCCGAAUUGGAUUCAUGUUACAACUAAGCAACUAAGCAUACUAAGCAUUAGUAGACAUGUGUAAGAUGUAAUUUACAGUUACACAAACCGAAUGACAGUUUCUACUUGUACCCGUUAUGAACAGUAGACGCAGUACUCGUAAGCUAGGCGGACUGUUGAAAAGCAAACAAACUAAAACUAAAAGUCUACUCUUUUUAUAUUUUUUAUACACGCUUUCGAGAGCAAGCACAGCGCUGUAAUUUAAUUAAAGCGAAGUUAGUUUAUUUCAUUUUUCAUUGAAUACAUAGUUUCAAAGUUGACGAACAAACAGGAAAGGAAUGAAAAGUGCGAGCAGCGCAGUUUAGGGACGAAUGCACAUACACACAGACAAAUUCAUGGAAAAAUCCACUUUAAACACAACUACAGACAUACAUUUCAGCAGGUGAAUGUACGAAAUUUACACUCGGAACUCUAAGCAAGCUAGGAUGAGAAGUUGAGCAAAGUAAGAACACAAAAGCGAAGAUAAAAUGUAUAAAAUAAAAUAUUUUUAUAGCAUACUUAGUACUUGAAAGCAGCUAGUGUAAUAAUAAUAGCACAGAACGGCAUAAGUGCGUACUGUGGCAAACACAUGUGAGGCAUUUGCAUGUGAAAAAAAGCAGCAGGAAUUUGAAAGCAGGAAACCUGAGUAUGCCGCAGCGCUGAGGAGUAAGGCAGAGUAAGCGUGGCUUGUGUCUUAAGCACAGCAAAUGUUAGUUUAGCUUUGUGUGGAUUGCGUUAAAAGCCAGAGUAAAAAGCGAGACUGACGCACACAAACACACACUUGCCGACAGACAAAGCAAUAGGCAGGUUAGCGUGUGUGUGCUCACGUGGAACAUAUGAAAUGGAAACCGCAAGAAUUUAUGGCUCAGUGCAAGAAAUCGAGCAGAGUUUAGGCAAUAACCGUAAAUAAAAAUACGACAAACCAACAACAGACCGCACAGACACAGACCAACAGCUACAUAGACAGACCUAAACGAAAUUUUGCAUACAAAAAUAUAAAUAAGUUAAAAUAUCAUGAAUCAAAUUCACUCACACAACGACACACAAAUGCCCGCAGUUCAAUAAAAAGGCAGAAACAAAGAAAAAUGCAAACAAAUAUGCCCGCAAAUCCAAACGGACUUAGCACUAACAUUUCAAGCCGAUGCUGCCGAACUUCCUCGAAAGCUAACGGUUAUUAUUGUAAAGUUGGCCGCAGAUGUAUGUGUCAUGCGUGUAAAUUGAAAGCGAAACCAUAAAACUGAAAUCAAUUCAUAGACUUAUGUGCUUGGGAGAAACCCGAAAAGCACCACAAAUGAAAUAAGUAAUUAUUGUGUCACGAUAAAUACCCCCCUCAGUGUAUAAACUCCGAGCAAAUGUGUGUAUAAAAGUAAAACUGGAAAAAAAAUAAGAAAUCACAUUCUUUGCGCUCAAAAAAUGGUUACAAAAGUAAAACAAUAAUUUAAAAAGUUACGUAAUCAAAUAAAAUCAAUACACCUGUAAGCAGUUGAUAGUCAAUAUGCUUUUGUAAAUACUCUUGAAUGUAAAGUAAUUGCUGUGCUAUCGCUAAAGCGCUCAUUUGUACAUACAAACACAUACAUAAACCCCGAAAUAUAUUUUCCCAACCGUUUGAAGCAUGUAAAUUUGUAAUAAUAUGUUUUCGUGUGCUAUCGACGUCGUCAGUUGAAAGUGACCAAAGCGUGGCGCAACGUCACUGUAAAUUGUAUCAUAACCAAGCGUGUUUGGCGAAGCAUCAAAGCAACUACUCAAUAUAAACGAACGACAACAAAAAUGCAAGUUUCAUGCCAAUGUGGCGCCACAGCACAAAACAAACAACAUUCCAACUCGUGACGGAAUGGCGCCUGAAUGCAGGCUAGCCAGGAGCUUACAACUCUGCAGCUUCGCACGAGCAUGCAAACCCACACACACACAUAUCCACACUCGCAUAUCCACACACAUAUCAACACUAGUGUAGCCGUUUAGGUAGGAGCAGCGAAAGACUAGCUCAUACACACAUAAAAACACUCAUACAUACACCGCAACUUAUAUCAUUCAUGCAUAUGUAAGUAAGAAACCAUUAAGGACUAAUAAUCUAGUUUAUAGUAGCUGUUUAAGUCUAUAUUAUAUACGUAUAUGUAUAUGUAAAAAGUAAAUGCGAAAAUUAAACAUUAUGUGUAUGUAUUUAUGCAUCUGUAUUUGUAACUGUAUGGUAAACCAAAGACUUUUUUCUUUGAAAUAAAAACCUAAAACAAUAAGUAAACGAAACAAAAAUAUGUAUAAUGAAAGAAAUUACACAAACCACACGAGGGAAAUGCGAAUUAAAAUAAAGACAGAAAGCAUUAACGUAUAUAUAUGAGCUGUAAAUCCCAUAUAUAUAGGAGAAUAUAAAAAAAUAA